AAACUAUUUUCAUAAUUCUUGAUGUUUUCAGCUGUGAUGUCAUUUGAGUCGUACAAAAUUAAUAUGUCAUAUAUUGACAUUAAAAAGAAACUAAUUAAAUUAAUGAAAACAUAUAGAAAGGAAUUUACAAGCCAAGAAUUUAAGAAGAUCGUAAACUUUAAUAAUUGUAUACCCGACUCUAAAUAUACCAUAAACAAUGCAGAUCAAUUGAUCUCAAGAUUAAUGCAAGGUCAAAGUAAAGAAUCUUAUAGAUUCCUAAUCUAUGUAUCCUUCAAUAAAUUGGAAUUUUAUUAUAGAAAGUUUAAGUAAAUAUAAUUUACCUUGUCACAUUUUAGAAUUUAUUCAGUUUACCUUUAAAAAUAAUUAUUUUAAAACUUCUACAGAAUAUUAUCGUCAAAGAGACGGGAUUGCAAUGGGAUCAGUAAUCGGCCCAAAACUUGCAGAUAUUUGUAUGACAUCAUUAGAUGAAAAAAUCUUCCAGUUUCAAUGUAUUGUUUUUUAUACUAGAUAUGUGGAUGACAUAUUAAUUUUGUACGACUCAAAUGACAUCACAGCUGAAAACAUCAAGAAUUAUGCAAAUAGUUUAAAUAAUAACAUUAAAUUUACUUAUGAAGAAGAAAGAAAUUAUGAAAUUAAUUAUUUAGAUGUAAUAAUUACAAGACAAAAUGAAACAUUGUUGUUUCGUAAGUAUGAAAAAAUAUGUAAUAAUAAUAAGGUGAUUAAAUAUAAAUCAUAUUGUCCUAUAGGAAUAAAACGAAACGUUUUUUUGAUGGAAUUAAAGAAAAUAUUUAAUAGAACAACAUUAAAAAAAUAUAUUGAAAUAGAGACUAAGAAUCUUUUUAAAAAAUAUUUAUUAAAUGAUUACCCACAACAGCUUAUACAUAGGUGGUAUAUUACGUAUAUUAAUAAUAGAUAUAAUGUCAAAAAUAGAAAAAUAGAAAAUUUAUAUAUUAAAAUUCCGUACAUUUCAAAAUUUUAUGAAAAAUAUAAAAUUUAUAUUAAAGAAUUAUUUUUUGUCAACUUAGUAGGUGAACAGAGAAAUAAAUUAAACAAAAGCAUUUGUUUGAUUAAUAAAGCAAAUGAGAUACAAUUGAAGAAUCCUUUGGAAGUAGCAGGAGUCGUAUAUGAGUUGAUGUGCACGUGUACAGAAUGGAAAUACUAUAUUGGAGAAACAGGAAGAAAACUGGAAGUGAGGCUGAAAGAGCAUGAAGCGGCAAUCCGACUAAAUAGAACAGAAUCCCCGUGGCAACAACACUGCAGUAUAACAAAUUGUAUUAUUGACCGAAAUAAUAUUAAAAUAUUGUAUAAAGUAAAAAAUCUUGUAAAAAGACGCAUCAUAGAACAUUAUUGUAUUAAAGGACAUGUAAAUUGUAUAAAUUUAAAUACCGGCGCAUGUGUUAAUGCAUGCUGGGAUAGCUUGAUAGAGUAUAAAAGUACUGGCAACGUAACAAUGUAAUAUCCACUGAUGAGGCUGACAAGCGAAAUAUAUAUGGAUAAAAAAUUGGAUAAAAAUAGAAAAAUAAAGUAAGA